CAGCAGGCACUUGGUUUUCAGUUAUAUUUCGACAUCGCCUCGCACCGGCUCUUCCAAACUUUCCCCCCCCAAAAAAAAAAAACACACUGAACAUCUGAAUUAAGAGCCUCUGAAAAAAUUAAAAGCUUCCUCGUGCCAACCCAGUGAUAUCCGUAUCCUCCGGAGCAGCGGCAGGAACUUAGAUGGUAUCGCCGCGCAAGCCGGCAUCGUCCUACGGCCUAAGAGCAAACAAUCUGAUGGCAGCUUCGGCUAAGAGCUGUGAGAGCCUAUUCUCGGCCAGCUCCCGGGAAUCGGCCAGUUUGAUCUACCAGCGGAGCAAGCCGCCUGCCCAGCAACGUGGCGGAAUGAAGGGUUCUGGGAGUAGCCACCCAACGAUGUCCUCCUCGCAGAACCACAGCGAGAUCCAUCAGCGGGUCAUGUCGGCGCGGAAUCUGCGCGCCAAGACCUUCCAGAACCAACUGGCCGAUGCCCAGGCGGAGAUCUCCAAUUUGGCCCACGAGAAUCGCAUGCUGCGCACCCUCCACAAGCGCCAGUCUUCGGCGCUAAAUAAAUACGAGUCCAACAACGCCGAGCUGCCGCAGUUGCUCCACUCGCACGCCGAGGAGCUGCGCGUCUGGCAGACCAAGUACCGCAAUCUCCAGGCCGCCAACAAGGACCUCGAGCUGAAGCUCAAGCAGAAGGAGGCCAUCAUCCUGUCGCUGAGCGAUCAGAACAAGCACUACAGCCAGCUCAACAAGGAUAAGAACCUCGACGAACGUCAGAAGCUGCAGGAGAAGCUCAAAUCCUUGGAGCAACGUCUGGAGGACAAGGAUAACGAUAUGAAGUUAAUGGCCCGGAAAGUUCAAUUAGAGUCUAAGAACUUCCGCCAGCAACUGCUCAAUGAGCAAAAGAAGGGCAAGGAGGUGAUGUUGAAGCUGGAGAAGGCCAGACUAGAGAUCAGUGGUUAUCGCAAGCUGGAGGAGUACACACUCGGCACUGAUAAGGUAAAUCCCCUGUCCUCUGGACGGCGCACCAAGCUAAGCGGCGUCACCGAGGAGCCGGACAAGAUCGACAAGUUGGAAAAGUCACUGGAGAUGCUGGACAAGGCCAUUGAGAAGAACAACCAUAGCGAAUUCAACGCCUUAACAGACGUUCUGGAAUCGGAGUCGUUCUUUGACUUCGAAAAGGACAGUGCCGAGGACAAGAGUGGUCCGAAUACGCCACCUGGUCAGCCGGAGCGACAGGCUGGAGGACGUGGCGGCAAGCUCAUCCUGCCGCCGGCCACCAACCAAGCCAAGAUGGGUCACAACCCGACUCGUUCCACGCUGAGCCAAGUGCUCUCGGCCCAGGGAAAGAUUCCCGUCUCCUCCGGCAAGGCUGGUAGAUCCAGAAUUGGGGUUCCCACCCCCAAGAUGGAAAGCAAACGUCGUGAGCCUGAAACUCUGUCCAGAAUUGCAUCCGCUGAGGUCAAGUCCAAGCAGCAAUCGCUGAAAUCCCUGGACUACGAGUACGAGGAAGACUAUGAGCAGGCUGGUGAAGAAGAUGAUGAAGAGGAUGACGCCUACGGCCUGAUGAACAAGAUGUGCGAGGAGGGCGAGGAUCCAGAGGACAACAGCGAGGAGAAUGCCAACGAGGGCAGUCUGGUGAAAUAUGCCGCCUAUUUGGAAUCCAAGAGCAGCGAGGGCGAUCUUUUGGAAGAGUCGCUGGAGGAGGACGAGGCAACGGAUGGUCAGCAGACGCAGCGCAGCGAUGAUGAGUCCCAGGACAACAGUGUCCGUGCUCCGCGUCUAAAAGAAAACAUGUCCAGCCUGCGCAAGCAGAUCUCGGAUGACUACAAGGAGCGCGAGAGAUUCCUGAAGACCUUCUGCCGCCAGGCGAGCAACAGCAACAUGCGCGACGAUCCGGCGCCCAAGAAGAGGAACAGCAUCGCUGGAGGAGCGGCGGCCAGUAGCCACAUGACCGGCAGCCGCAAGCACGCCCUCUUGGCCGCUCUAAAAACGAUCGAUGACAACAAGAGCCAGGACUAGAAGUACACCAUGUUCCAUAGUUCCACACCCGUGUCCAGUUCAAGUUAGUCCCUAAGCGGUGUUGAGUUAUAUAUAUAUAUUUUUCAAGCUGAGACCUCUGCGUCCGGCUCAGUUGGAGCAGCUGCAUCGGUGGUUGGGAGCUAGAGGGUUCGAGUCCAGCGGCUGCUGCAGUUGCUCCAGCGCCGGCCGCACGGACGUUGAGUAAAUUUUAAUAGAAAUACA